GAAAUAAUGGCUGCCAGCUUGGCCCAAGGAGGACCAGCUCCAAAUUUUAUGAUGCUCUGGUGCUACAAGUUCCUCUGCACUGGGUCCCUGGACUUGCACAAAAAUGAUGUGGGAGAUGAGGAGUAUAAGGAUCUUUUAUCAAGAGUAGAUGAGGCCACAGAGAUAACAAUUGAUGGACUCUCAGAGGAGAUCCUCCACUGUGGGUACACAGGACUAAUCACCUUAGGGAAAAAGGACAAAAUAAUCCGUGCUAUUGUCCUGCAUGCAAACCUCAGGCUGCUCCCGAUUCUGCAGCAGAUAAGGGAUGGCUUGAAGCUCUAUGGCUUGGGUAAUAUCAUGGCCAAAUACCCUGAUAUCUGUCAGCCGUUGUUUGUACCAGGGGUAGAAAUGACAGCUGAUGUCAUUGUCUCUGUGUGCCAAGCAGAAUUCAGUGAGAAAGGAUCAAACAAGGAACAGAUGGAGAUGACUUUAAUGAAUCAUCUGCAGGAUUUUCUCCAGGAACUGGAGCAAAACAAAACCGAAUCAGGGAUGGAGACAGUUGCACCUCUGUCAUUGUCUCCAAAAACAUUUCUUCAGUGGGUAACCGGGCAAGGCUAUGUUCCUGUCCUGCAGGAAGAGAAGAGACGUUUUAAGGUUAACGUCAAGUUCAACCACCACUGCCAGUUGCCAACACAGGAUAUGCUAUCCAUCUGUGGCAGCUUGCAGUAG